AUGAUGUGGCGGGCCCUGCUGCAACUUGCGAUGGCGGAUACCGAUCCCGAAAUGUGCCGCCUCCGCAAAAUUAGUGCGAUUUUCUUUGGCCUGUGGAUUUUCGAUCUAGUGCUAAGCGUUUACUUUGAGUGCAUAGUUCUCAACGUGAACUCCUUCUUUGUGCUCAACGCGUGGACGACACUUGCGGCCGCUGCUGCGUCGUGCCAUUACGGCCACGACAGUCUUCUUACGUCGCCGCCCGACAAGGGCGAGAAAUGCCGGCCCAUGUCUUCCUCCGGUAGCGGCCAAGUAGAGGGAGGGGGGAAUUCGCUACAGCAGGAUGCGAAUGCGCCUACCGGCUUCUCGUUUGGCAUGCGGCGGCUUUUUGUGCUGGUCUCAUUUGGUUCUACCAUCUUCGUUAUGUUUGGCUGCCUGACAGUGAUCGGGGAGGGUCUUCAUUGCGCCCUCUGCGCAUCCCACAUGCCCCGCUCUUUGCUGCUUAUUCUUGGCGUAUACCAUUUUAUUUUGGUGACCGUGUACGCGCGGGAAAUUGACGCAUACGAUUGCGUUAGCGGCCAAGGUGUUGACCAUCAUGACGUGCAAAUCCUAUCCGCUGGGCAGGCGAGCCACACGGCUCGACAGCUGCGGAAGUCCUUGAAGGAGCUGCCGCACGGGUCAUUUUUAGUUAAUCGCACUGUGCGUGCUGCCGCGCGUGCCUUUGCCCCAUUGACGUGUAUCGCAGUGUGUCUUGCGACGAUGGUUUCGAGAAGUCCUCUGUGGGAGAUAGGUGGAGCGCUGCUGUUGGCAGCCCACGCAUGUGUGGUUUCCUACAGGAAGGCAAAGGAGAUGGCGUGGCUACUGGCAAACAACGCGGUUUGCCAGCCGUCUGUUGUGGCGGCCUGUGAUGGGGCCAUCCGCAACGUGAGGCUGGUUGAGGGUGUGCUUCAGGUCCGGUCCGCCGUUUUUUGGGAGGUGGCGAAGGGCGAGGUGAUGGCGCUUGUGCGCGUGCGGCUCAUGUCCUCCGCGGAUCCCUCCGCCGUGACGGCGGCAGUACGGCGCGCCCUUGAGAAGGUUGCGUCGCGCGUCUUCGUCGAGACGCGAGCCCCACACGACGACGACGACGACGACGCAAGCAGCCUGGAGGGAAAUCACUCGGCCCACCACCAUGGCCACUCCCACAGCUGUGGUCAUAGUCACCAUUUCCACGACGCCGCUGGAGAAAGGCAUGGGGCGGAGGAAGAUGAGCGGCGCAAAGGGGGCGCCGCGAAUUCAGGAGACCGUGAUGCUCUCUUCCCCGUCUGGGAGUCCUCUUGUUCAACAUCUUCUGUUUAUUUUGAGCCCUUUCCGCAGUCCCCGAGUGCCACCGUUGUAGAGUCGGCCUCGCGCCGUUCGAGGCCGCAGCCAUCCGCGAGUGCUGGAAGCCACUCUGUGUCCACCUCGCUGCGGUCCUGUACACUUGUCCCCCCACCGUUUCCAAAGCCACCGUCGUGA